AUCAAUUCCUUCCUCCACCUUUUCUCUGUUUCCUCUCAGGAUUCACCCUCACUUUUCCUUACCUAACAACCUACAAUCUAUUCAUUCUCUCUUUGGUCCACUUCUUGAACCAUCAACAGUUCCAUCAUUCCAUUUUACACCCGCUCCCUUAUUCAUAGUUAUAGUUUCUCUUUCUCAUACUAUAUAUGACCCACAUCACUUUUUCAAUCAUAAUAACGUCUCUCUGCUACUUCCACCAUGUUCAAAAUCUUUCUCUUAUAAUCAGAUUAUUAGAAAAGAACAACACCCUUGUUAGCUUUUGAAAAUUUAAGGAAAGGUUUGACAAACAUGUAUGGUCCUCCAACUCCUCCAACUCCCUAUCACAAUCACAUUAUGAAUAUCUAUGACAAUCAGCUGGCAAGUACAAGAACCGAAGAUUAUGAAAUCAUCUUCGAAGAAGAACAACCUUCAAGUGAUGAUCAACAGUCUAACCAACGUCCCAAAAAAAGAACGUAUCGCCGCCAUACACAGGAGCAGACUCAAGAAAUGGAAGCUGCCUUUAGGGAGAAUCCUCACCCAGAUGACAAGCAAAGAAAAGAGAUGGGUGCUCGGCUAGGGUUAGAGCCGCUGCAAAUUAAGUUUUGGUUUCAAAACCGACGUACUCAGCUUAAGGUUCAAAAUGAAAGGGAAGAGAAUAGUGCUUUGAAGGCAGAGAUUGAAAAACUUCGAAGUCACAUAUAUAGGUACAAAGAAGCUAUAGGGAAUACUGCAUGCAACGUAUGUGGAAGCACAGCUACCAUUGGUGAAAUGUCCCGUGAGGAGCAGCAACUGAAGUUGGAGAAUGCUCUCUUCAGAAAAGAGCUUGAAAAGUUUGCGGGCGGGGACGAGACAUCGACGAAUCCUACUGAUACUCAUACCAUCUUAUCAUCAUCAAACAACAGCAGUCAAGCGCCUUCGCGCUCUUUCAAUGUCCGAGUUGUUGGUGGGACUAGUAACUAUAAUGGAGCACAAAAUGGAAUGGUAGGAGAAGCAUAUACUUGUGGUAAUGGUGGUGAGCUUGUAAGUUCUUCAGUUCCAGUUAGAGAAUAUGUUGAUGACAAACGUAGUAUUAUUGAGCUUGCUGUGUUAGGAAUGGAUGAACUAAUGAGAUUGGGUAAGACUAGUGGGCCCCCUCUAUGGCUCCCCACCAACUACUACACUGAGAUUCUAAAUGGAGAUGAAUACAUGAAGAAUUUCCUUAGGGUUACUGGUCCUAAUCCAUUUGGGUUAAGGCCUGAAGGUUCUAAAGAGUCUGGUGUCAUCAUUAUGAAUCCUAUUAAUCUUGUUGAUAUCCUUAUGGAUGUGACUCGAUGGUCAACUAUGUUUUGCGGCAUUGUUGCAAGAGCAGCAACAAACAAAGUACUCUCAACUGGAGUGGCAGGAAACUACAAUGGAGCCUUGCAAGUGAUGAUAGCUGAAUUCCAAGUUCCUUCGCCAUUUGUUCCUAUUCGCGAAAACUAUUUCGUGCGAUACUGUAAACUGCAUCAAGACGGUAUAUGGGCCGUGGUUGAUGUUUCAUUGGAUAAUCUUCUACCUGCAUCUAGCAGUAGUUCUGUCCCAAGACCCCAAAGAAGACCCUCUGGUUGUUUAAUUCAAGAACUACCAAAUGGUUACUCUAAGGUUACAUGGAUCGAACAUGCGCUAGUGAACGAUAACGCGGUGCAGAAUUUUUAUACACCUCUAAUUAAUUCUGGACUCGCGUUUGGCGCUAAACGCUGGGUGGCUACGUUAGAAAGACAAUGCGAACGUCUCGCGUGCUCCAUGUCCAACAACAUACCAAUUGCUGGAGACCUCGGAGUUAUGAUGAGUCCAGAGGGAAAGAAAAGUAUGUUGAAGCUCGCGGAACGAAUGGUGACUAGCUUUAGUACUAGUAUUGGUGCUGCUUCAAAUCAUGCUUGGACAAACGUACACUCAGAUGGAUCAGAGCAUGUGGUUAAGGUGAUGACCAAAAAAUACGUCGAUGAAUCGGGCCGUGGCAGCAGGUCCCCCGGUGUAGUCCUUAGUACUGCUACUUCUUUUUGGCUUCCCAUUCCUCCGAGAAGGACUUUUGAUUUUCUUCGCGACGAAAACACCAGAUGUCAGUGGGAUAUUCUCUCGAACGGAGGUAUAGUAACAGAAAUGGCUCAUAUUGCAAAUGGCCGUGAUUCUGGAAGCGCUGUCUCUUUACUUCGUGUUAAUAGUUCGAACACGAUGCAGAGUAAUAUGGUGAUACUGCAAGAGAGUUGCGCUGAUAUAACAGGUUCAUAUGUAGUAUAUGCACCUGUGGAUAUAUCUUCCAUGAAUGUAGUAUUGAAUGGAGAAGAUUCAAAUACUGUUUCUCUACUUCCGUCCGGAUUCGCUAUUUUUCCGGACGGGAUUUUACAGAAUCGGGAACCGAUUACGAAUGUUGGAUCGGGAGGUUCUCUUAUCACAGUUGGAUUUCAGAUUUUAGUUGAUUCUGUUCCACAUGCAAGACUAGCUCUGGGUUCUGUUAGCACUGUUAACCAUUUGAUUAAGUCCACUGUGGAAAGGAUUAAGGUUGCAGUGAUGCCUAAUGGCACGCUUAAUGUCACCUAAUUUCAGUAUCUUCUUAUGAGGCUGACAGAAGAAAAGUGAGUUUUUGACACAAGUCAAUAAACGCACCUUGGAGCGUCGUUUCAAUGUUGGAACUUUGAAUGAACUUUGGUUCGGUUAUUGACUUUCACCAAAUGAAAACUAAAAAUGCUACUAUGUCUGGUUGGUUUAACUUAAAUAACUGCAAAUUUGAUUUUCGUUUUAAUUUUAGUGGAUAAAUUUUUCUGUUGUAUGGUCUAUUUGAGUUAUCUUUACUCAAAUUGGUGUUAUAUUAGGUUUUGAAAAGGACAAAACCUCCAC